GUUAGCAUUAGCUAUCUUUCGGAAGUGGUUGUGAGUGUUUAGUUUUUCCACCGAAAAAUGUCUGUGUCACCAGCAAUCACGUCUUUGUGUGAGAAUCCAAAUGAAGUCUUCCUGGAUGUCGCAAAGUUGUUACUGACAUACGCGGACAAUAUUCUUAGGAACCCAAAUGAGGAGAAGUAUAGAUCGAUCCGUAUCGGCAAUCCCACUUUCUCUACCAAGCUGCUGCCCAUCAAAGGUGCUGUGGAAUGCCUCUUUGAGAUGGGAUUUCAGGAGGCUGAGACUCACCUGGUCUUCCCCCAGUCUGCUUCAGUUGAACAGCUGAGGCUCAUCAGGGAAUCGAUCGCUGCAGAGCUGGAUCUGAGGAUGCGUACGGACCCUGCUGCCCCACAUGCUGUGGCCCUACCGAUGGCACCACACAGCUCUGCUGCUGCCACCACCCGCCCAGCGGCCCCGCCUGUGCAGCAGCCAUCUUCCCUGGACAGCAGCAUGAGUUUCUUGGUGACUCUUCAGUCCAACUUCCAGCAUGUUCUGCAGUAUGAAAAUCCCAAGCUGCAGCAGAAAACCAGGAGUGUUAUCCCUCAGCAGCAGCUGGUGUCUGCAGCUCAACACAACCUGAACGAGAUGAAAGAGGCUGACCCAGGAUGUAAACUAGGACUGGAAGACUUCCUGGUUCUGGAAUUACUCAGGUGGUUUAAACAGAACUUCUCCUGGGUGGACUGUUUGCCCUGCAGCCAGUGUGGAGGUCCCACGCAGCAUGGCAGCUCCCUCAGUCCCACUGCUGAAGACCUCCGCUGGGGAGCUCAGAGGGUGGAGAACCACUUCUGUGGGAGCUGUCAGCUCUCCACCAGGUUUCCUAGGUACAAUCAUCCAGAGAAGCUUCUGGAAACCAGGAGGGGGCGCUGUGGAGAAUGGGCCAACUGUUUUACACUGUGCUGCAUAGCUGUGGGCCUGGAGGCCAGGUACAUCUGGGACAGCACAGACCAUGUGUGGACAGAGAUUUUCUCGGUGUCGCAGCGCCGCUGGCUGCACUGCGACUCGUGUGAGAAUGUGUGUGAUAAACCUCUGCUGUACGAGGUUGGCUGGGGGAAGAAACUGGCCUACGUUCUGGCUUUCUCUAAGGAUCAGGUGGUUGAUGUGACAUGGAGGUAUUCCUGCAAACAUCCAGAGGUUUUGUCAAGAAGAACAAGGGUCAAGGAGGCCUGGCUUCUGCACACCAUUAAUCGGCUGAACGCUGCUAGACAGCAGUCCCUAAGUCUAGACAGGAAGACGGAGCUGACAGAGAGACUGCUGGUGGAACUGGUGGAGUUCAUUUCUCCAAAGAAACCAAAAGCAGGAGAACUGGGGGGGCGUAACUCUGGCUCUCUGGCUUGGCGGCUAGCACGAGGGGAGACCGAAGCAGCUGAAACCAAGACAACCGCACAGGUGUCAGCCUUUGUGUUCACUCCAACUGAAAAGGAAAAGAAGGAGCGAUUACUACACGUCCGCUACGUGUCCUCCAAGGACCAAUACUGCCGAGUGUCCAGCUGCUCUGAAACCAUCCAGAACUGGGACCAGUGUGUGUGGGACAAGGAGUCUGUCUUCAGAAAAGUGGAAAAUGACUGGAAGAUGGCAUAUAUAGCCAGAACAGAAGGCUCUCUUGUUGGAAAGAUUAGAUGGAAGUUUGAUUUUGCUCCAGCAGGACUGAAAAUAAAGUCUGUCUCCAUCAUGGCCUACAGCCAGACCUUCCAGUCUGGGAAAGUCUGCUGGCUGUUGCAGUCAGGCCAGUCUUCUGCAGAGUUUCCUGGAGAUGGGACACUCCAGUCAUUUCCCAGCUGGUCUAGCUCCUCAGAGCUCUUCGUUGUAGCAGAACUCAGCGGGGGGGAAGGUGAUCUGUCAUGGCAGCACUCCCAGCUCUUCAGACAGAGUUUAGAAGAACAAGAGGAGCCUUCGUUUGAAGUCAUCAUCAACCUCCAAGAUGAUUAAACUUUGUUUCUAUUUCAACAAUAGGACCUCCACAAACUGAGCUGUAGAAUGACUGUGGAUUAAAAGGGUUGGAGAUGGUUGAGAAGUCAGUGCAAUACACAUGCAAGUCCUCCAGGCUGUAUAAAG